CGGAUUACGCAUGAAAUAAUUGUUUAUAGUUUACUACAAUCUACAUAAACAUUUAGAAUAAGGUGCAAAAAACCAAGUUUUCAAUAUAAUUUUCAUAUAUUUACAUAAUUAGGUAUUGUAUGGUGUUGGUAUUUAUUAGUUUCAUUUCAACGGUGCGCCUAUGUAAUCAUACAGCAGUUUUUAGUUAUCAUUUUUGGACUAUAUCUAACGAAAUAUUGUAAAUAAAAUAAACGAAUAAAUAUAUUAUAUCGAAGUUCAGUUGAUUGUGUAAAUAUACCAGUGUAUAAUGUAGAUAAGUAAAGGCUUUAGUGGUGUAGAACAUUAUCAAUAAUUAUUAUCAUUUGUAAAAAGUAACCUAUGUACUGUACUAAAGAAUGUUUAGCUUUAAUCUUAGUCUUUCGUUUAUUGUGGUAUUGCUGUCAUUACUCAUAUCCUAUGUUUUUGUCGCGUUGAACAAUAAUUCAGAUACAAAAAUGGGAAAAAAUGGUUUACUGUUUGUGUCAAAUGCAGCAAAAGCGCACAAUUAUUGCUUGAAGGCCUCACAGUUUGUUCAAAAAGUGCUGUACAUAAAGAUUAAUGAGAAUUCUCUUAACACCUUACCAGUUCUUAGUAGCCAGAUAUCUAAUAUUUAUACGAGGACAUCUUCAUAUUCUAAAUUGGAUGUUCGACUGAUAAUUAAGCCUGUGGAUGCUGUUAAACAUAUAAGGACAUAUCACCCUAUAGACCUAGUACUCUAUGAUAAUGAGCUAUCCUCAGAGAUUGAAAAGCUGAAGAAAUCGGUGGAAAGCCUUAAAACUGACUAUCGGAUACAAAGUAUUGAAAAAGAUGGCGACCUUGAAAGUAUACCUCAAGAGCCUGUAAAGCAAUAUGAGUAUGUGGCACUGGGCGGGACAUUUGACAGGCUCCACAAUGGGCACAAAAUCCUCCUGUCACAGGCUGUGCUGCGCUCGACCAAGCAUGUCACUGUGGGGGUUACUGAUGUUAACAUGAUUCAGUCCAAAAAGCUCUUUGAAUUGAUAGAACCUACAGAAAUGAGAAUCAAAGCUGUGUUAGAUUUUCUUACUGAUAUAAAUCCCGACCUAGAGUACAAUGUGCUACCCAUACAUGAUUUGUAUGGACCCACCAAAGAUGACCCUAAAUUUCAGCUAAUAGUAGUAAGCGAGGAAACCCAACGCGGCGCACAAAAAAUCAAUGAAAAGCGAAUAGAGAAUGGUCUGCCGUUAUUAGACACUUACGUCAUCGGCCUCGCACAGGACUCGAGUCCGCAGCGCUUUCACGAAGAGGAAGAGAAAGUGAGCUCCAGUAACCAGAGGAUGCGGUUACUGGGCACCAUGCUGAGGCCGCCUGUUGAAAACAACAAUAUACCCGCGUGGCCUUACGUGAUUGGACUGGCUGGUGGCAUCGCCAGUGGAAAAAGCAGUAUUGCAGAGAAAUUAAGGUUAAAAGGCGCCGCGAUUGUAAACUGCGACACGAUAGCUCAUGACUUGUACAAGCCAGGGUUACCGCUGAAUCAGACCGUGGCCGAUGCCUUCGGGGACGAAAUCAUCACGGAUAGCGGCGAGGUGGACCGGCGGAAACUAGGCCAGAUCGUGUUUAGUGAUAAGGAGCAAUUAGAAAAGUUAAACCGAAUUGUAUGGCCAGCGGUGAUCGAGGAGGCCCAGAGACGAGUACAGGCUCUCGGGCAGGAAGGGUACAGGGUGGUGGUGAUGGAAGCGGCCGUGAUGGUGCGCGCCAAGUGGUACAACCAGUGCCACCAGCUGUGGGCCGUCAUCAUACCGCCGGAAGAGGCAAUCAAAAGACUACAAGUGCGCAAUGGCCUCACAGAAGAAGAAGCGAGACAGCGCAUAGAAUCACAGCCUUCUAACCAAGAGCAAGUGUCGCUAGCUAACAUAGUGUUCAGCCCGUAUUGGAGCUACGAGUACACGCAGAUGCAAAUAGAUCGCGCAUGGCAACACUUACAGGAGUUAUUGGAUAGUAGGACGUGUAACUGCUAAGAAUAUGUUGUUAACCCUUUGAA